AAUCGGGCAUAAUGUCUUUCAUUUGUCUCAUUGAAGGGGGAGGGGAGUGAAAGUAUAGAGGAAGAGAGGGGGAUUUAACAUUCACAAAAAAGGCGACACCAACAGAGAAUGCGCGAUGGAGAAAAACGACAGAGGUGAGGAAGAAGAGGAAGAGCAGAGGCGAGAGAGGGGGGAGGCUGGUCGUUUGUAUAGCUUAUGCCCCACUGGGAAGAAGUUCCGGAGCAAGCCACAAUUGGCCCGUUACCUUGGCAACUCCAUGGAUCUCAGCUCCUUUGAUUUCCGCACGGGCAAGAUGCUCAUGAGCAAACUUAAUAAAAACAGACAGAGGCCCCGAUAUGACAACAACAGCCAGUCUAAGGGCAAACCCGACCUGAACACAUCUCUCCCAGUACGACAGACUGCCUCCAUCUUCAAACAGCCAGUCACAAAAGUUACCAACCACCCUAGUAAUAAAGUCAAGACAGACCCACAGAAGGCCAUUGACCAACCCAGACAGCUUUUCUGGGAGAAGAAAUUGAGUGGCCUCAAUGCCUUUGAUAUAGCAGAAGAGCUGGUGAAAACAAUGGACCUCCCGAAAGGUUUACAAGGGGUUGGCCCUGGGUGUACAGAUAAGACUUUGUUGUCGGCUAUUGCCAGCGCUCUUCACACCAGUGCUGCUCCCAUCACGGGCCAACUGUCAGCAGCUGUGGAGAAGAACCCGGGUGUUUGGCUUAACACGGCUCAACCUCUCUGUAAAGCCUUCAUUGUCACAGAUGAAGACAUCAGGAAACAAGAGGAGCUGGUGUACAACGUUCGAAAGCGUCUGGAAGAAGCUUUAAUGGCCGACAUGUUGGCUCACGUGGAAGAAUCAUCCAGCGAUGGAGAGACACUUAAGAAGGAGGGAAACUGCAAUGAAGACAAACAGGAAGCAUAGCAAAAGGCAUCAGAAUAUGUCUGAAUUACCUGAACUUGAGUUCCCCAACACAGUCACACAUCUACCGACAGACGCUCCUCCGAUCAGCGCCUCACGUUACCAUGAAACCCAUCGCCAAGCUUAGCUAAAUCUUCAUUUGCGCCCACCAGUUGGGAUCUUACAGAGACUUUUGGAUUGGAUUUCAGGCAUGAUGCUUUUACUUUAUUUUAUUUUUUAACUUUGUAUAUUUUAUAAAAGAACAAAGUGUUGGAAAAGACGUAGUUACUAAUCGCAGAUGGGACGAACUGCAUCGAGUGCUUUCCAAAAUGUUUCCGGAGGGUAUAGUUGGAUUUGAUAUGGAGAUCAAGUCAAAAAUACAAUGCUUCGGUUGUAGUGGGUGCUAAAAAUAUAUCACAGCGCUGAUAUAAACUAUUUGUGUACGGUCGUCUCUGAGAUUGAAAUAGACCUUUCUGAUAUCCAAAGUUCCUCCAAAGACAUUUUGGUCUUAUGUAUUGACUUUCGCUAUUAGUAUUAUUUUCACAUACCUGACUCUUGUUUCUAAAUAAUAACAUAAGAAGGAAAAUCAGUAUUAUGAAAUGUAAUACAGAUUCAAGUGUUUAUGAUGUUGUUUAAAGAGAUAGUUCACCCAAAAAUUUAAAUUCUUCAUCAUUUACUCAUCCUCAUGUUAUUUUAAACCAAUAUGAGUUUCUUUAUUCUGGUGACAAAUAAAAUACACAAAAAAUAUAUUUAGAUAAAUGAUGGUAAGCACACUUACCAUCUAUGAUCAGAAUAUAUUUCUUUGUGUUUAACAGAAUAAAGAAACUUAUACAGGUUUAAAACAAACAUGAGGAUGAGUAACAGGAUAUUUAUUUUUUGGUGAACUACCCCCUAAGGGAACAAUGAGAAGUUAAUAGUUACAAAGGGUGUUAAUGGAGCAGAGAUGGCCAAACCCAACUCGUUUUUUAUUAUUUUAAACUCAUCUGGUGCUUGUAAAACUGCCUGAUUUUUCUUUAUAAGCUAUUCAUACUUGACACUGAAUUGCAUUUUCCUAUUUGAUAUUGAAAUGUAAAUGGUGAUUCGUUUAACGUAAUGCGCGAUUCAUGCGAAGUGAUGUGCAAACAUCAUCCUGUGAUUUAGCAUAAAAACCAAACACGUAAUCGGGUGGAAAUUAUGACUUUUAAAAAGAUCUAUUCCACGUUUUGUUCAUAGCCCACAUCAGCAUGACAACUGCCAAGUUUACUUCUGCAUUUCUCAGAAUAAAGUGUUCAUGUGUGUUGAAUCUCUAUUUUGAUCUUUUUAUUUGACUUUAGUAUCUACCUUAUAUUCAGGUAGCUCUUUGAUCAAACAGAAUAUUGAAUGAUCUUUCUUGUAAAAUCAAAAGCAUUCGUAUGAUCCUUUGAAUGUAGAAACAUGAAUUUCUUCUAUGUUAAAUUUGUAUCAUUCUAUUUUUUCAUUUGAUAUGUUUCUAUAAUUUGUUUUCUGU